AUGGCAGCCCCUGCUUUCUCUAACACCAUCGUCUCUUCCACUUUUCCUGCAUCCCAUUCUUCUCUACCCAAAUUUUCAUCUCUCAGCUUUCCCAGCUCAAGAUCUCCGCCUCCGCCUACCCAGUUCAGGAACGCCAGGGCCACUAGACGGUUUACAACGUUUUGUUCUUCAGAUGUUUUAAAUGGUCCAAAGGAAGACACCCCAAUUGAAUUAAGGUAUCCUGCAUUUCCGACAUCACUGGACAUCAACAAGAUUCGUGAUAUUCUACCCCACAGGUUUCCAUUUCUGCUAGUGGAUAGAGUGAUUGAAUACAAUCCUGGAGUUUCUGCAGUGGCCAUAAAGAAUGUAACUAUAAACGACAACUUUUUUCCUGGACAUUUUCCAGAAAGACCAAUCAUGCCUGGUGUUCUCAUGGUUGAGGCAAUGGCACAAGUUGGUGGCUUGGUUAUGUUGCAACCUGAAGUUGGAGGUUCUCAAGAGAAUUUCUUCUUUGCUGGAAUAGACAAAGUGCGAUUUAGGAAGCCCGUGAUUGCAGGAGACACGUUAGUUAUGAGAAUGACGCUUAUCAAACUGCAAAAACGAUUUGGAAUAGCAAAGAUGGAAGGGAAGGCAUAUGUUGGAGGUGAAGUUGUGUGUGAGGGUGAGUUUCUGAUGGCUACUGGAUCUGGGAGCGAAUAAUUAAGACAAAUCCUCCAACAAAAAGAAAGGAAAAGAGUUGAUUCUACUGCAUUUCUUUAAUGCUUCUAGCAUUCUUCUGGUUGCUUAACCCUAGAUUAUUUUUUAUGACAUGAGCAUCAUUUGACCUCAUGUAUUUAACAUACUCAGAUUUCUUGCAUAGUAUUUAUUUAUGGCAGUCCAAGCUAUCUUUGCGUUUGUGUUGUUACCACGUUGAAAAUGAGUAUGACAUAGAUAAUAGAUACUUUGUGAGAAAUUGGCUACAUACAAACAUGGCCCAACUUGCAAUUUUCAACUAUCACUAUCCCUUUCACUCCACCUGGUUUGGAAAUGAAAAAUACAUGCUAGUAUUUAUAUGAGGCGUCUAUAUUAUAAGUAUAUAAUGCAUACAGAAGGUGAAUACAUCAGAGAUUAGAGCAUAAAAUUUGAAAAUUUUCAUGGCUCUACAAGACAAAGUUUCGUGUUGUCUUCCUAGCCUCUCAAUUCAACCACGUACA